AUGGUUCCAAAAUUUUCGUUGUGGCGAUAUAAGAAGAUUAGGAAGAUCGCGGCCCCUUCUGAAGUUGAAGACUACUUGUUGAAGGCAAUCAUCGAGGAUGAUUCGGUUAGAACAGUACAAGAAGUUCUGGCUACGCGUUGCCCAACCAACAUUCUUCCGCCAUUUGGAAAGAUUUGGAAAAGUGAAAAGUUGAACAACAAGAACAAUCUUAUUCUCGAUCGUAUUGUUAGGGGUAACGGGAAAUUGAUCUUUUCCGACAGCAGGAGAUUUUUGCAAAUGUUCGCUUAUGGUAUUGAACGUAUUCGAAGUUUCUUCUCAACAGUACACAAGAAGGAGGCUACAGAAACAAAAGAAGCAGAACGAAGAAAAGCAAAACGAAAUGUUAAAGGUGUUACAGAGAUGUUAUGA